CCGGCAUGGCCCGCUGGAUCCCCACCAAGCGCGAGAAGUACGGGGUCGCCAUCUACAACUAUGAGGCCACGCAGGAGGUGGAGCUGUCCCUGCAGGUGGGGGACACCGUUCACAUCCUGGAGAUGUACGAAGGCUGGUACCGAGGAUACACACUGCGAAAUAAAUGCAAAAAGGGCAUUUUCCCAGAAACUUACAUCCAUUUAAAAGAGGCCAUCGUGAAGGACCGGGGGCAGCACGAGACAGUGAUUCCCAGCGAGCUGCCCCUGGGCCAGGAGCUCACGGCCACCCUGCGGGAGUGGGCAGUGAUCUGGCACAAGCUCUACGUGAACAACAAAACCACGCAGUUCAGGCACGUGCAGCAGCUCACCUACAGCCUGAUAGAGUGGAGAUCCCAAAUCCUCUCUGGGACCCUGCCCAAGGAUGAACUGGCUGAGCUGAAGAAAAAAGUCACUGCCAAGAUCGACUAUGGCAACAGGAUCCUGGGUCUGGACCUGGUUGUCCGAGAUGACAAUGGCAACAUCCUGGACCCGGAUGAGACCAGCACAAUCUCCCUGUUCAAGGCCCAUGAAACUGCAUCCAAGAGGAUUGAUGAGAGGAUCCAGGAGGAGAAGUCCCUGCAGCAGAGUUUGGACCUCAGGGGGCAGCCAAUUUUCAACUCCACACACACUUACAGCCUCUAUGUGAACUUCAAGAACUUUGUCUGCAACAUUGGGGAAGAUGCAGAGCUGCUGAUGAGCCUCUACGACCCUGACCUCUCCAAAUUCAUCAGUGAGAAUUACCUGGUUCGUUGGGGCAGCAAUGGGAUGCCCAAGGAGAUUGAGAAACUGAACAACCUCCACGCAGUGUUUACUGACUUGAGCAGUUCUGACCUGAUCAGGCCCAGGAUCAGCCUGGUGUGCCAGAUCGUGCGGGUGGGGCACAUGGAGCUGAAGGAUGGCAAGAAGCACACCUGUGGGCUACGGCGGCCCUGCGGCGUGGCAGUGAUGGACAUCACUGACAUCAUCCACGGCAAGGUGGACGACGAGGAGAAAAUCUUCUUGCCCAGAUUCAGGGACAUGGAGGACUGGGCAAGACAGAACCAGAUGGGGACGCAGAGUUUUUAUGAAAAUACAGAUUUUUUUGGAAGCACAGGCUUAAAUUUCAUUUUUUGGUUUCAGUAAACAAGUGUCAUCUCCCUUUUCUCAGGUCUCUGGGUGUCCCUGAAGCUGCUCCCUGGGGAUCUGGCUCAGGUUCAGAAGGAUUUUUCCCACCUUGUAGACAGAUCCACUGCAGUGGCUCGAAAAAUGGGGUUCCCUGAGAUCAUCCUUCCUGGGGACAUCCGCAAUGACAUCUACGUCACCCUGAUCCAGGGCGACUUCGACAAAGGCAAGAAGAAAACCCCCAAGAACGUCGAGGUCACCAUGUCUGUGCACGAUGAGGACGGCAACCUGCAGGAGAAAGCCAUCCACCCCGGCGCGGGCUACGACGGCGUCUCCGAGUACAAGUCUGUGGUUUAUUACCAGGUCAAGCAGCCCUGCUGGUACGAGACUGUCAAGGUGGCCAUUGCCAUUGAAGAAGUCAGCCGCUGCCACCUGCGCUUCACCUUCCGUCACCGCUCGUCCCAGGAGUCCAGGGACAGAUCUGAGAGAGCUUUUGGCGUGGGCUUUGUGAAGCUGAUGAAUGCAGAUGGGACGACGCUGCAGGAUGGCAAACACAAUCUGAUUGUUUACAAGGGUGACAACAAGAAAAUGGAAGAUGCCAAGAGUUAUUUGACUCUUCCUUGCACCAAAAUGGAGAUGGAGGAGAAGGAGGCUCCCUCAGGGAAAAACCUGCACCCUCUGGCCAACUUCACCCCCACGAAGGACAGCACAAAGGACAGCUUCCAGAUUGCCACUGUCAUCUGCUCCACCAAACUCACCCAGAAUGUUGACCUGCUGGGAUUGCUGAACUGGCGCUCCAACUCCCACAACAUCGCCCACAACCUCAGGAAGCUCAUGGAGGUGGAAGGAGGAGAAAUUGUGAAGUUUUUGCCUGACACCCUCGAUGCACUUUUCAACAUCAUGAUGGAAAUGUCAGAAAAUGAAACUUAUGAUUUCCUGGUGUUUGAUGCCCUGGUAUUUAUUAUUUCUUUGAUUGGAGACAUCAAGUUCCAGCAUUUCAACGCUGUGCUUGAGACCUACAUCUACAAACACUUCAGUGCAACCCUGGCCUAUGUGAAACUCACCAAAGUCCUGAACUGCUACGUGGGGAAUGCUGAGGACUCCAGCAAGACAGAGCUGCUCUUUGCAGCCCUGAAAGCCCUGAAAUACCUGUUCAGGUUCAUCGUGCAGUCACGGGUGCUGUACCUGAGUGUUUAUGGGAAGAGUGAGGAUGGGAAUGAAUUCAAUGAUGCAAUUCGCCAACUGUUCCUCUCCUUCAACGUCCUCAUGGACCGGCCCCUGGAGGAGGCUGUCAAGAUCAAGGGGGCAGCUUUGAAAUAUUUGCCCAGCAUCAUCAAUGAUGUCAAACUGGUGUUUGACCCCGUUGAGCUCAGUGUCCUCUUCAGCAAGUUCAUCCAGAGCAUCCCUGACAACCAGCUGGUGCGGCAGAAGCUGAACUGCCUGACCAAGAUCGUGGAGAGUGACCUGUUCAGGCAGGCUGAGUGCAGAGAUGCCCUCCUGCCCCUGCUCAUCGAUCAGCUGAGUGGGCAGCUGGAUGACAACUCCAGCAAGCCCGACCACGAGGCCAGCUCCCAGCUCCUGAGCAGUGUCCUGGAGGUCCUGGACCGCAAAGAUGUGGGUGCCACAGCUCUGCACAUCCAGCUGAUGAUGGAGCGGCUGCUGCGCCGGAUCAACCGCACGGUGAUCGCCAUGAGCCGCCAGUCCCCGCACAUGGCUAUUUUUGUGGCCUGCAUGACAGCAAUCCUGAGGCAGAUGGAUGAUUUCCAUUACAACCAUUACAUCAACACUUUCAAAACCAGGCAGGACAUCAUUGAUUUCCUGAUGGAAACUUUCAUUAUGUUCAAGGAUCUCAUUGGCAAGAACGUGUAUGCAGCAGACUGGAUGGUCAUGACCAUGAUGCAGAGCAGGGUUUUCCUGCGGGCAGUGAAUCAAUUCACCUCCGUCCUCAACCGUUUCUUCCUGGAUCAAGCCAGUUUUGAGCUCCAGCUCUGGAAUAAUUAUUUCCACUUGGCCGUGGCAUUUCUCACUCACGAGUCCCUCCAGCUGGAAACUUUCUCCCAGGCCAAACGCAGCAAAAUCAUCAAGAAGUAUGGGGACAUGAGGAAAGAAAUUGGUUUCAAAAUCAGGGAUAUGUGGUAUAACCUGGGUCCCCACAAAAUCAAAUUUAUCCCAGCAAUGGUGGGGCCAAUCCUGGAGGUGACCCUGGUCCCAGAGCCCGAGCUGAGAAAAGCAACAAUUCCCAUUUUUUUUGACAUGAUGCAGUGUGAGUUCAACUUCAGUGGGAACAGGAACUUCCACAUGUUUGAAAACGAGCUGAUCACCAAGCUGGACCAGGAGGUGGAGGGAGGCAGAGGGGAUGAGCAGUACAAGGUCCUGCUGGAGAAACUGCUCCUGGAGCACUGCAGGAAGCACAAAUACCUGGCAGCCCCGGGGGAGGUGUUUGCCCUGCUGGUCAGCAGCCUCCUGGAGAACCUGCUGGACUACAGGACCAUCAUGCACGACGAGAGCAAGGAGAACCGCAUGAGCUGCACGGUCAACGUGCUGAAUUUCUACAAGGAGAAGAAGCGAGAGGACAUUUACAUCAGGUACCUGUACAAGCUCAGGGACCUGCACACGGACUGUGAGAAUUUCACAGAGGCUGCCUACACUCUGCUGCUGCACGCUGAGCUGCUCCAGGUAUGCCAGGCCUGGAUAAAUUCAAUUUUGAGUCUUUCAUGUUGCUUGUGCUCUUCUUCCUCCUGCUGCCUGUCCUCACCCUCUGUGGAGAUGUGGGAAAAAGCCAUUGAGCUGAGCAAGGAGCUGGCUGACAUGUAUGAAAACAAGGUCUUCGACUAUGAGGGAAUCGGUGAUCUCCUGAAAAAAAGAGCAACAUUUUAUGAGAAUAUCAUGAAGGCCAUGAGACCCCAGCCCGAGUACUUUGCAGUUGGAUACUAUGGGCAGGGUUUUCCCUCUUUCCUGCGGAAUAAAAUUUUCAUUUACCGUGGCAAGGAGUACGAGAGGAGGGAGGAUUUUAACCUGAAGCUGCUGACGCAGUUCCCCAGUGCUGAGAAGAUGACCAGCACAGCCCCUCCAGCAGAGGAGAUCAAGGCUUCCCCCAAACAGUAUGUGCAGUGCUUCAUUGUAAAGCCUGUGAUGAACCUGCCACCCAAUUACAAAGAUAAACCUGUUCCUGAGCAGAUCUUAAACUACUACAGAGCCAACGAGGUGCAGCAAUUCACCCACUCCAGACCUGUCAGGAAAGGAGAGAAAGACCCAGACAACGAGUUUGCUAACAUGUGGAUAGAAAGGACAACCUACACGACAGCUUAUUCAUUUCCAGGCAUCCUCAAGUGGUUUGAGGUCAAGCAGGUGACAACGGAGGAGAUCAGCCCCCUGGAGAACGCCAUAGAAACCAUGGAGCUCACCAACGAGAAGAUCACCAACAUUGUGCAGCAGCACAUGUGGGACAGGAGCCUGCCCGUGCACCCCCUGUCCAUGCUGCUCAACGGCAUCGUGGACCCUGCAGUCAUGGGGGGCUACACCAACUAUGAGAAGGCCUUCUUCACAGAGAAAUAUCUCCAAGAACAUCCUGAAGAUCAAGACAAAAUCGAGCUGCUCAAGCAACAAAUUGCAAUACAGAUGCCCCUGCUGGCGGAGGGGAUCCGGAUCCACGGGGAGAAGCUGACGGAGCAGCUGAAGCCCCUGCACGAGAGGCUCACGUCGUGCUUCAGGGAGCUCAGGAGGAAGGUGGAGAAGCAGUACGGGGUCAUAACUCUGCCCGCGGCGCUGACCGACAGGAAGCCCGGCCGCUCGGGCUCCGUGGUGCUGCCCUACAUCAUGUCCUCCACGCUCAGGAGGCUCUCGGUCACCUCCCUGGCCUCCUCCGUGGCCUCCAGCUCGUCCACCUCGUCCGACAGCGCUUCCUCCAGGCCGGGCUCCGAUGGAUCUACCCUGGAGCCUCUCUUGGAGAAGAGAAUAUCCACAUCUUCCAGGAAUGAGGAGCUGCCCGUGAAAGAUGAUGGUGACAACAGGAUUAGCAAAGUCAAGAGGAAGGAGUGGAGCAUUAGCAAGUCUCAGGUUAUCGUGGAGAAGGAGCCACAAACAGAACUGACUUCCAAAAUGGGCACGGCAGGGAAGGCACAGAGGCCCAAGAGUCUGCAGCUGGGUGACAACAGGCUGACCCUGCCCCCCUGCAGCCCUCCCCCCAUCACCCCCAAAACCCCCCGGACACAGAGUGUCCCCUCCUUGCAGGCUGAUGGAUUGGCCACACCACCCCCCCCUCCACCCAAAAGCAAACCCUACGAGAGCAGCACCCCCAGGAGCUCCGUGGAGGUUGCUCCACCUCUGCCCAGCAGACGAGAGGCCAAACCUCCCCCUCCACCCCCAAAAACCAGGAAAUCCAGCGUGGUGUCCUCGGAGCAGGGGCUGCAGUGAGGAUUUGGGGUCCCAGCAAUCCCCACCAUGCCGUGGCUGCUCGAUUUCCAGUGCCCUGAUUGCAGCACUUCCCCUGCAGUUGUUUUUUUUUUUUUCCUGGGAAAUGCCACAAAGGAAUUUUGGGAAUGGGUUCCCUCCCCUCUGUUUGUGCAGUACUGACACACUAAUCCAGACAUCUCCCUACUGGAAUUCUUCUCUCUCUCCUGCUCUUGUCUGUCCCCAGUUUCUCAUUGCUGCAAUCCCAGCAGCUCCUUCCCAGUGGAACUGGGAAUCCUGGGCUGGUCUCACUGGUGGGAUUUCUUGCCUGGGUCAGGAUCUCUGCUCAGCUUGUGCUUGGUUUGGCACAAGAUCUCAUUUUGUGCUUUUUAAUGGGGUGGAAACAAAUCCCUCCUGUGAAUGUUUGAGGUGACAGGGGCUGCACUUUUGCCAGGGCUGGACUGGUACCAGCUGCACUGAUACCAGGACUUUACUGGUACCAGCUCCAUAAACAGCUCGUGGCCUGUUUAUUUAUCAUCAAUAUUGAUGAACAUUUUGCUUUCUCUUCCAGGAAAUAAUUUUGUUUGUUAAUUCAGUCAUUUUGCCUCUGAUGAUCUUGUAGAAGUUGGGAAGAGUCACUAAAACCCUGCUGUGAGGGUGUUGCUCCCAGCAGGAAAUGCAAUUAUUGUUGGGCUGGGGGUUCACAGGCCAUUCUUGUGCUCCCUUGAGUGAAAUGUCUUUCUGACCUUACUGCAAAACCAACGUUUGUUAAACCUCAUGAAAAGUUUUCCUCGGCAAAAACUUUUUCAGGGAAAACCAAACCCAACAAAAACCAAACCCAACCCAACAACAACAACCACCCCCGGGAGAGUUUUGCUCAGACUGAAGUUGUCAUUUCCUUUUGUUCUUCCCAAUCCUUCUGACGUGAGUGUGGCUGCAGGAGCCGC